AUGACAGUCAUCAGAGAGACCCCGGACAUUCAAGCCAUCAAAGCGCUUAUCCAAUCUUUCUUUGACCGCAUCAACGACAGCGAUGCCAAAGGCCUCGGGAAACUCUUCAUUGCCAAUGCAAACCUCACAAUAAUCCGGCAGGACCCGGCGCGGGAUCCCCCCUCCGACUCGCCCUGGAGCUUACUCUCUCUGCCCCACAAUGCCGCCACUAUCUGCCACGAUGCUCAAGAGAAAGAAAAGCUUACCAUUGUGCUACGUACCUCGAUCGAAAACUUCGUAAAGAUUAUCGAGGACGGAGAGAAAAGGAGGGAUCCUACCAAGCCAGCACCAAAGGUCCACGAAGCGCCGGAUCUAGAAGCUACGGACGUCAAGGUCGAUCAUUUAUUUGGGGCAGCGUGGAGUCCGUUCCGAGUCACAUUUGAUGGGGUUCUACAUCACUAUGGGACAUUCGCGUUCACGUUUGGGAAGGUCGACGAUGGAAGUGGGAAACUGUGGAGGCUGGAGGGGCUAACGCAGAAUUAUCGGCGUACGAAGGGGUGGGGUGAGCCGGGUGAGCCGGGUGAGCUUGCGAAGGGGAAUCUGUAG